GCUUGAUAGAGGUUUUUGAUUAAUAGAGCUGCGCUGGCUGGACACUUUGAAUCCGAACAGAUUGCUCUUGACUAAGUAACGCCUUACGUCACCACAUUUAUUAUCAGCACCAGAGAAUAGCAUCAGGGGCUGACCACGACGGACUUGAAAUCGUCUCCAUAUUCAAACGAGCAAGAGAGACUUCUUGCGGACGAAAUGGCCACCCAGACAGAUGAUAUAACAACGAGUCAGGCAUUGUCGACCGUCAACAUCCCUCGAAUAGCCAUCAAAUUCUGCACACAAUGUAAAUGGAACCUACGUGCUGCCUAUGUGAGUUGCUUUGCUCUUCUUUCCUGGCCCAUUGGAUGCUGUCAUUUUACCCCGUCGAGAUGGCGAUCCUGGCUUGGAAGGUGCAUUUUUGUAAGACUCCGAAAGCCCAACACAUCGACAAAUAUGCAAGGUUGACGGUCAAUGGUCUUCACUCUCUUUUGCGGUGCAAACUACGCCCAAGAACUUCUUCAAACGUUCAGCACUUCCAUCGGAGAAAUCGCCUUGAUCCCUGUGACGGGUGGAAUAUUCACGGUUACCAUGACACAUGCUGCCACCACAACACCGUCGACAUCCACACCGACAUCCGGUUCAACUCCAGACCCACAAAAGCAAGCCACGGGAAGCGUGACAGAGACGCUGAUAUGGGACCGCAAAACGGACGGUGGGUUUCCUGAGACGAAAGAACUCAAGAACCGUGUGAGAAACAUUAUUGAGCCUGGUCGAGAUCUGGGCCAUAUUGAUCGGAGUCUGAAGAAGGUCAAGGAGCCGUAUAUGAAGAACGAGGCGGAAUCAAGAAAUAUUGAAGAGGGGGCUAGUGGUGCUGCAAAUCAGCAGAUCGAUGGUGGAGAGGGUAACAGCCAUGGGAAGGAGGGGUGUGAUGAUUGUAAGUGAGCGCUCAGUGUAGCGUAGUGUAGUAGCAAGAAGGAAGAACAAUACUGCGCUGUAUGCUGCAUCAGCAUGGUGGGUUGCCCAGCAGCCUCCCCUGAGACUCAUGAGUCUUCGGAGGAAUGGGGCUAUAUCGCAGAAAUGGCCACGGCGUGUUCGUGCAGCAAAGCUGUUUCUCGAAACUGAUUUCUAGGUGGAAGCAAGCGUCUGGCUGGGAACCGGCCAAGCUACACUCGCUGUGAAAACGAAGCAAAA